UAUUCUGUUUUGAUCAUGUGACAAUCACCUCUUUUUACAAAAAGGUAGUUCCUGUUGCUGAUAAAGAAGAAUGGAGAAACAGAUCAAUUCCCUGGUUGUUUUCAUUUUUUCUGUGACAGUCUAUCCUAUUGAGGCUUACAUUGGGGCAGAUCUGAAAUGUUCUUUUCACAUGACGUCUGAUAUUAUACCGUCUCCUCACUGUGUUUGUCUACAAGCUUACAUAGAAUGUGGUAAUUUUAUAUGCUAUGAUUGGUCAGCAUAUUGCUGUGGUGCAUUUGCAGACCAAUGUUGUAAUUAUUCAGUAUAUCAGUUUUGGUGGUUUUGGCUGCUAUGGUUAGGUAUAUUCCUGACUGUAAUAAGUUGUAGUUGUUGGUGUUAUAGAAGAAGACGAUAUAGAAGAAUGCAGUAUUUGGCUGUUAGAGAUGCUUACCCUCCAUCUUAUGGUACAGUAGUAGUAUCAGCUCCUCCAACUUACCCAGCAACAGAAAAUCAAAUUGGACCAACAUCAGUGGCUCAGCCUCCUAAUUAUCAUGCUGCUCAAGAGAAACCACCACCUUAUGUUCCUUAAACAGAUAUUGAGAAAAACGAAAAUUUGUUAUCCUGAAUCAUUUCACUAAUUUCAUUUGUUCUAAAUAAUUUUCCAUAAUGCAAUACUUUUAUAAUUAUACCUGAACUUCAUGGUUGUCUAACUAUCCAUUUGAUCAAUAGAAUAAGCUUUACUUUUGUAGCAGUUAGUCUGAUAUGCUUUCUAAGAAUAUUUGAAGUGAGAUUUGUGUUUCAAUCAUUAAGAAUUGCCAAAAUUUAAGAUGAUGUGAAGUUUUGAGAUUUGUAUGAGUUUUCAGUAUCUCUUUCUCAACAUUAACAGUAGUAAAAUUUAUAUUUUGGUUUACAUCAUGAUGCAGGGUUGAUGUUUAAUCCAAGAAUCCAAAGAAAUUUAUCUUUUGCAAUCUGCAACUGUAUUGGCCUGAUAAAAUAGAAAAAUAUUUGAACCCUCUCCUUUCUCAACUG